UAUGUGUUUCAGAACCAUGUCUGCUUUCUGACCAAGACUAUUUCUGAGCUUGGAUUCAACUACUCUGAUCGGCUGAAGGCGGUGACUGGAGCGGUUCUGACACCUGCGGCCACGGUCUCACAGGAAUGCAUCACUCAGGACAGGAAGGUCAGUGAGAUCUGAGGGUGCCCCUGCUUCUCAGUGGGGACAUCUCACAGAGCCCAGCUCCCUGAAGAAAGCCCACCUCAGUGCAGUCCUUCAUUCAGGGACCAAUGGCGGCAGCUGCAGCUCUGGAAGGACUCUGGGCAGAGGUCAACUGUCCCAUCUGUCUGGAUGACCUGAGAGACCCUGUCACCAUCCAAUGCGGGCACAACUUCUGCCGCCCCUGCAUCCAGCAGUCCUGGGCACAUCUACACAUCAGGAUCCCUUGCCCUGUGUGCCGUCACCCGUGCCAGGACAGGCACUUAAGGAGCAACACCCAGCUGGGAAGGAUGGUCGACAUUGCCAAGCUCUCCCAGAUCACCAGGAGCAAAAAGAAGCAUCAGCAAGUGAGGCGCUUGUGUGAGAAGCACAACCAGGUCCUGACCCUCUUCUGUGAGGAGGACCUAGAGGUGUUGUGUCCCCUGUGCACUGAGCCCCCUGCCCACCAGGGCCACCAGGUGAGGCCCAUGGAGGAGGCUGCCGCUCAUCACAGGGAAAGGCUCCGCAGUUACCUCGAGCCCCUCAAGAGGCGGAUGGCAGAUGUUCAGAAACUAGUAGCCACCCAGGACAGGAAUCUGUUAGAACUGAGAGAGAAGGUGGAAAACCGGAGAUCGAAGUUAGCCUCUGAAUUUCAGCACCUGACACAAUCGAUCGAUCGUGAGCGAGAGGAAGUUCUCUCAAGGCUAUUUGAGGAAGAGAAGGACAUUCAACAGAAACUCACUGUGAGCACCACUGCAUUUUCAGACCACAUUUCCACCCUCAAAGGUCUCCUCCAGGAGGUGGCGGAGAAGAGUGUGAUGUCAGAUGUGAAAUUGCUGAUGGAUGUCAAGAGUGUCCUCCACAGUUGUGAAAGCCUGAGACCCCCGGCUGUCUACUGGGUCCGCUUAAAGAGAGAAGGGUGCAGCCUUCCUCCACAGUAUUCGGCUCUGCAGAAAAUUAUACAGAAGUUUAGAGAAGAAGUUACUCUGGAUCCCGAGACAGCACAUCCUUAUCUGCUUGUGUCUGAGGAUAAAAAGUCUGUGACAUUUGUGAUGAAAAAGCAAAGAGUUCCUCGAAAUCCAAAGGGCUUUGCAGUUGACCCAGUUGUCCUGGGCUCUGAAGGGUUUGACUGUGGCCGACAUUACUGGGAGGUCCAGGUGGAUGACAAGCCUGAGUGGGCCGUGGGGGUUUGUGAAGCCUCCCUCCCCAAGGAGAGAAAGCAGCCCCCACCAAGACAGAACAGAUGCUGGACGAUUCAGCUGCGGGAUGGUGAUUAUGUCGCAGAAGGGUCUGUUCCUGUCGUCCUUGAGCUCAAGGAAAAGCCCAGAGGGAUUGGUAUCUAUCUGGACUGUGAGUUGGGUCAGGUUUCGUUUUACAGUUUGAAUGACAGGUCUCACAUCCAUUCAUUCAUGGAUGCGUUUUCUGAAGUGCUAAAGCCUUACUUCUAUAUCAGCUAUGAUCCUAAACCUCUUACAAUCUGUGCUGUAAGAGAUUACAAAGGAUGAAUUGUGACUUGCUUCAUUUUCUUCCUGUGAUUUAUGGACAUUAGGUAAAAUUUUGUACAAAAAUCAGUGAAUCUGCCCUGGCCGGUUUGG